CUCAUACAUACCUAGAGCUACCGCUAACUGAUCUUGUUUCAGUUAUUUCAUAAAGCUACUGAAAUCGUGUGUUUAACAGCCAGUGCCAGACCAGAAGUAAUGGAUGAGAGGAAAGAGAAGAACUAGCAGAUAAAAUGUCUUCUACCGACGAGCAGUACAGUAGUAUAGUCUACAGUAGUAGUAGCAGUAGUUUUGAUUGGAGUGAACUAGUUCCAGUAUUAGUUAUAUACGGAUUUAGCUUUGUCUUGGGGUUAACCGGGAACUGUUUAAUUAUAUUCACAACUUUCCGCUAUCGGAGAAUGCAUAGUGUCACAAACGUAUUUCUGUCAAGCCUAGCCUCCUCCGAUCUACUACUCAUUAUAUUUUGUAUUCCAGUAAAGGUAGCAAAACUUUUUUCUUUUACAUGGACGAUGGGAUGGAUAUUAUGUAAAAGUGUCCAUUAUAUGCAAAAUCUAUCUACAAUAUGUUCUGUACUAACACUGACAGCUAUUAGCAUUGAACGCUACUAUGCUAUAGUUCAUCCAGUGAAGUCUAAAUAUAUUUGCACCCUAAGGCAAGCAAAAUCAAUCAUAUUAGUAAUAUGGAUUAUGUCUGUAAUUCUAUCUGUACCAACUGCCAUUGUAUGGGUUCAAAUGCCUGUAGGAGUAGAUAAUGAAUUAUUUUGGUGUUCAAAAGAUGAAAACAAUAUGAUUCUAUGGAAAAUACACGAAAUCUACCUCUUAACUUUAGUUCUUAUCAUACCUUUUAGCAUAAUGGCUUAUUCGUAUACAUUUAUAUGCUAUGAAGUCUGGAAAGUUAUGGAACAUCGUGUUGUUAUGACCAAUAAUAGUGCAUUUAAAAAUCCAGUGACGUAUGAUCAAAAUGCCGUAUGUCUGGCAAAAAAUGGCCAGCAGUCCAAAGAAAGCAAAAAAUCCCGAAGCCAAAUAAAAAAUUAUAGAGACGAUGCUAAUACGGUUAAGCAAGUAAUUUACAUGCUGGUCAUUGUAGUGGUUUUAUUUGCAAUAUGCUGGACCCCUGCAUUGGUCGAUAAUAUAUUAACAGCUUAUGGGGUAUUAACACAAGAAAGAUCAGGAUUUUUGAAGUAUAUGUUGACAACUUUCCACUUAUUGUCAUAUUCAAACAGUUGUAUAAACCCAAUAAUUUAUGGAUUUAUGUCUAAAACCUUCAGAGAGAGCUUUAAGUUGGCUCUAUGCUGUUCUUCCGAUUCCAAAGAAUAUAUACGCAGAACCGGUAGUAACUAUAGUAUGAGAUUCAUCUCAAGAAAUAGCUCUCAAACGAGAACAACCCCCGAAACCAGGAGACAAGAAAGGACUCUGUUAUGUGUUACACAAAGUGUUUAAAUUUUAUAACACCGUUGUAGUUUUUUGGGUGUUUUUGCUAUGAAAUGACCAAUAUACCGGGUGCGUCUCAAAAGAGGCUCACUCCUAUAACUUUUUUAUUUUUUCAGAUAAA